CAUCCGACAUUUCAACUUCCUGUUUCUACUUCCGGGUUUGAUCAGAUGAAAGAGGUGUGACAGCAACUUAACUUCGUUCACUCUUCUUUAUCAUCAGUUAGAGAGAUUUGAUUUAUAGAUACAGCAUUGAAAUCAGAAAGUGUCUUGCAAGAUGUCAAAACUGCUUGAACUUGCCCAGUGCCUGAAAGAAUGCAGCACGAACCUAGAAGGCAAAUGUGCCGGUGUAGAGGCUAGUGAACUGUCGUCUGAGUUUUUUAGUACAAUUGAAGGUGUGAUCGGAAAGCUGCAAGGAGUUGCCAGACUGGGAGGGGGCAAUACAUACGUUUUUCUGGAAGCUUUUGAUAAAUUCAUGGCUGGUGAUUUAAAUAAUUAUAUGCAAAGCAGUUCUGCUCUUGGAGGUGAAAUCCAAACCCAUUCUGAGCUAGUCAAAAAGUCAUUCCAAGCACAGCGAGAUUUCUUAAAGGUUGUUGCUGAGUGCAAAGCCCCCUCGCAGGAUGUAUUGGUCAAACUCAUUCAGCCAACAAGCGAGGCCAUUUCAGAGGUUAUUGACUUCAAGGACAAAAAUCGAGCCAGUAAAAAAUUCAACUUUUUGUCAGCUGUGGCAGAAGGGAUUGGGUCUCUUGGAUGGGUAACAAUUAUGAAAAAUCCGGAAAAUUUUGCAAGGGAUAUGGCAGGUGCAGCUGAGUUCUAUACCAACAGGAUUCUUAAAGAUAAAGUGCCUGAAGAAAAAGACUGGACACUUAAGCUAAAAGCCAUGUUCAAAGGCCUACAAAAGUACAUCAUUGAGUUCUUCAGUGCUGGUCUACAGUGGAAUGUACAGGGAAAAGACCCAGCAUCAGCAAUAGGUUCUGCACCAGCGCCAGGGCCGCCCCCACCACCUCCAGUCCAAGCACCAGCUCCGGGUGCAGCUCCACCUGCUGGUGGUUCCGAAAGUCGAUCUGCCUUAUUUGAUGAGAUCAGGAAAGGAACAGCUAUCUCAAGUGGUUUAAAGCAUGUGGAUGACACGAUGAAAACUCAUAAAAACCCUAAUUUGAGGUCUCAAGCCCCUAAAGCCUCAUCACAGAGUCCUAAACCCUACAAAGCCCCUACUGCUAAGGUCACAUCUGCCGUCAAGGCCCCGGUCACAAAGAAGCCACCUGUUCUGGAAUUACUAGGGGGAAAGAAGUGGGUUGUUGAAUACCAAGAGAAUAACAAGGAAUUAAAAAUCGAACCUGAGAUGAAACAUACGAUCUACGUGUUUAAAUGUACAAAUAGUGUCCUACAGGUCAAAGGGAAGGUCAACUCCAUCACAUUAGAUGGAUGUAAGAAAUUUGCUCUUGUUUUCGACGAUGCAGUAUCAUCCCUGGACUUUAUUAAUUGUCAGAGCAUGCAGGCUCAGGUGACUGGUCAUGUUCCAACUAUAAAUAUUGACAAAACAGACGGUUGUAUGGUUUACUUGAGCGAGAAAUCACUGAGCACCCAGAUCAUCACCGCAAAGUCAUCAGAAAUGAACGUUCUGGUUCCUAAAGGAGAUGCAGGGGACUAUACUGAGUACCCAGUUCCUGAACAGUUUAUUUCUACAUACAACGGUAAGAAGCUGGUAACGGAACUUCAUGAUCAAGUUGCCUAAAUUUACCAGGAGUAAAUCGAAGGAUACAAGAAAAUGUUUUUCUUUUUUUUUGCAAAAAAUAAAACCAAAUUUUAGUCUUCGAAUUGAUUUACUUGUACAGAUAGAUGUAUUUAGGUUCUGCUUUUAUACAUGUUUUUACCAUAAAAACGAAGGUGCAUGAAUUAACAGGUUUUCUAGAUUUAAGCUCUUGUUUUUAAACAAUUUUAUUUUUUUUUCUUAUCUUUCGUCCAAAUUUUUACAAUAAUAUACCAUAAAAAUUCAGUGUUUUAAAACAAUGAUGACAAUGACUGAUUAUUUUGAAAUAAUGAUUGUUUAUAAUGUUUUAUCGGCAUUAUUUUUAAACUAUACUUAAAAGAUGUUUUAUAAUGAUGUAUGUGAUUCUUAUUACAGUAAUAUCAUUAAUGCUAUGGAUUAAUAGUUAAUGGUAAAACUUAAUGAUAAUAUUCUUUGCUUAUAAUUUUCAUAUUCAAACAAUGAAGUUUCUUAUCAAAAUACUUAAUCUUUAAAUAUUUAAUUUCUCUUCUAAAAGCUUAUUCGUUUAAUUAUUAUUUUUUUUAAAUUUACAUUGAUUUUUACAAAUAAUUAGACUAUUUCUGUUAAAACUGAGACUUUAGAUAGAAUCAUGUAAUUUUCAUUUAAUGUGCCUCUAUAGUUUUGUUUUUGCUUAGGUCAUUUAAAUGUGACUAGUAAUUUAUGCAACUCUUUUGAGCUUGAAUCAAGGAUUGAAUACAUCUAAUGUAAAAACAAAUUGCAAAUUGGGCAACUGUGCUAGAUUAAAAUGUGAUUCAUUUUGUAAUCACUGGUUUCUAAGACAGAUAUAAUGUCUGGGCUUAAGUAUAGCCAUUUAAAACUUUGUGGAACGAAGUGUAUGCUUGUUAUCAAAAAUGAUUAAUUCCAGCUUGAAAACAAAGACUUACUUGGUCAUAGAAAUUGGUCUAAACAUAGACUAAAGAUCAUAGAACAGUUAUGAGGAUUAGAUGAAAUUGUGUAUGCUUGCUAUCAAACAAAGAUUAGGUGUACAUUAAGCAAGCUUAUGAAAUGUAUCAAUAUGAUUGAAUGUGUUUUUUUUUUGUUUGGUUUAUUGUUGUGUACAAAACGACACAUCUGAUGCUUAUGUGUUUGUUUUUAGGUGUUUUUUUUUAGGAUAAAUUACAUUUUGCAUUCUCAGCAAAUUUAUAAUUGAUUAUUUAAAGCAAUAAAGUUCACUACUGUACUAACA